AUGGGUGCUGUAAUAAUUGCCACAACUACUACUAGUAGUUCAUUACUUGAACUCAGCAGACUCAACAAAUCGGUAAACGUCAAUUCCCUCCGGUUGGAUCUCCGGCACCAACCCCGUUUCUUAAUUCCGGUUCUUUCUCGUACCCAAUCAUCAUCUUCAUUCUCCUCUUUAACUCCGUUCUGUAAUCCCUUGUGUUUCAAUUUGAAACUGAGCUCAUCAAGGAGAGCAGCAGCAGCAGCAGCUUUGCCGAUGUUUUCCGACACCCCAAUUGUGGCGGAUGUUGUCGCCACGGCAUUGACCGGUGGUAUUGCGCUCUCCCUGCUUCAGUUCUGGGGAGAGAUUGCCAAAAUGGGUCUCCUUGAUCAGAAACUAAGUAGGAAGCUUGUGCAUAUUAGCGUUGGGCUAGUUUUCAUGCUUUGCUGGCCAAUGUUCAGGCCUGGUUAUCAUGGAGCAAUUUUAGCAGCUUUGGUUCCUGGUAUCAACAUAAUCAAAAUGCUUGUUUUGGGACUUGGACUUUGGAAAGAUGAGGCAACUGUCAAGUCCAUGACCAGACUUGGUGAUCACAGGGAACUUCUUAAGGGGCCACUUUACUAUGCUACAACAAUCACUUUAGCUUGUGCUAUCUAUUGGAGGACUUCUCCGAUUGCAGUUGCAGCAGUUUGCAACCUUUGUGCCGGAGAUGGUAUGGCUGAUAUUAUAGGGAGGAGGUUUGGACAUGUAAAGUUACCUUACAACAUAAACAAAUCUGUUGCCGGCAGUUUGUCGAUGGCAGUUGCUGGUCUACUUGCCUCCAUCGGGUUUAUGCACUACUUCUCUUUGUUUGGAUACGUUGAGGAAAGUUGGGAAAUGGUAUACAAGUUCUUCAUCAUUUCUGUUUCUGCUGCAUUAGUCGAAUCUCUCCCUAUAAGCACAGAACUUGAUGACAAUCUAACAGUUCCCUUAGCCUCCCUUGUGGUGGGCACUAUUCUAUUUUGA